AUGUCGCCUUCGGACACUAUCCAGUCCCUUCAGAAUCGGAGAAUCGCUUCGAAAUGCCCAUCUUGCCAUCAACCUCUCACGACCUCCAUACCUGCGUGCACGAAUUGCUGGUUUAUCGCGGGCCUUCCAUCAGAUAUCUCCUACCAUGAACUACUCGGAUUGCCAGCAGACACAAAUCCAUUCGCCAUUGAUACGGCCGCACUCAAGAGUAACUUCAGACGGGCGCAGCAGGUGUGCCACCCAGAUUCAUGGGCUUCAAAAGGGGAGGGUAAACAAGACCUCGCACAUUCCCUUUCUUCCUUAGUCAACAACGCGUACCAGAGGCUGCUGAAGCCGCUUGCACGCGCCGAAUACAUCCUGGAGCGCAAUGGGCACCCGAUGUCGGAGGAAGACAAGCUAGACGAUAUGAUAUUUAUUUCGGAAGUCAUGGAGGCGCGGGAGGAGAUUGAGAACGCGGACAAUCCAGUCUUAAUCCAAGCCAUUCGAGAGGAGAAUCGAGGGAAAAUAUCGGACAUCAUAGAUGAGAUUGAGACAUUGAUUGAGGCAAAAGACUGGGCUGCAGUCAAGGAGGCCACGAUCCGUUUGAAAUAUCUAGAAGGCAUAGAGCGGGCUGCGCAUGCUCACGAGGAUGCCCACUCGUAA